GUGGCAUGCUUUGAAAGGGAAGUAACGUGUAGAGAGCACGCGUGUUGGGAAUAGAAAUGUGAUUUUUGUUCUGUUUCUUUGUAAUUAAUUUUUAACGUGAAAGUCUUUCAGCAGAUUCUGAAUUAACAUUCAUGUGGAGGCAGCACGAGAGCGUAAGCACAGCUUAAAAGCCGAUAGUCACAUGUUGAGACACUCAGGUGUGUUUUGGAGACGUGAUUGAUGGGGAUCCAGCAGGAAUGAAUGCGUCACAGCAGUCAUCAAGCGAGGAAGUGAAUGAGGAUCUGGAUACCAAAAGUGAAAGUGAGCGUCAGCCAUCAAAAGAUGCGUUGAUUGACAUCAGCUUUUGCGGAGCCACUCCUCUGUUGUGGAAGGUGUCGGACAUGAAAAGGUGCAGAUCUGUGGGUGUGAUCGGGGCUCUGGUGGGCUCUCUGGCCCGUCAGCCUCGGCAGAACGUGCGGCUGGGCAGACCGCUGGAGCUCCUGCAGGAGGAGGCGCUGCUGCUGGAGGAGACGAGCUCUGCUGCUGCAUCACUGCGACCUCAGGAUUGUGGAGAUGAGGAGAGGCAUUCGGAGGCGGUGAGACAGUAUGAGGCCGGCCUGGAGAGCAGUUAUAAGGAGCAGUGUGCUCUGGCCCUGGAGGACAAGAAGAGAGUGCUGAGGAAAAUCAUGAAUGAGAAGGAGAACGGCGAGAGAGUGUCUGGCACUGAUGACUCUGGCAAUCCAAUUAGAGACCGUCUUAAUGCACUGGACCAGGCUUUCCGCUUCCCGUGGUCGGCCAUGGCGGUCCAGCUCUGCACUGCCCGCGCCGGCUUCAGCCACUGUCCGGAGGAACGCAGUUUCCAUUCCACUGAUUGGCCAAUGCCUAGAGAUGAACGCCUGAACACUAGAUUCUGUGUAUACAGAGAUCUGAAAAACAAAGGCUUCUACCUGACCUCCGCAGGCAAGUUUGGAGGAGAUUUCCUGGUAUAUCCAGGUGAUCCUCUGCGUUUCCAUGCUCAUUUCAUUGCAUUAUGCAUCUCCAUGGAUGAAGAGCUACCUCUCUGUGAUAUUCUAGCUAUAGCUCGUCUGGGCUCUAAUGUGAAGAAAACCGUAUUGCUCUGCUCUCCGCGGAGCCGCAGUGAGACCGGAAGGGAUGAGAGUGUGGAGGGUGACGUGGUUUAUUCAUCACUGCAGUGGAGUUCUAUGGUGUAACGACACAACUAUAGUUUUUUUGAUAGUUUCAGAUUCAGCUUUUCAGAAACUCGGUGUGCCUUCUGAAGUGUAAAGUGUGUGUGUGAAAGUUGUUUGAUAAAUUCUGAAUGACUGAAUUUUGUUUGACUGUCAACAUGCAGAGGGAGAGUAUUAAUAAAUAAAAAUCGAAUUAAUUGU